CAUGCUCGCAUCUCUCGCAUCAUAUGCGAUAAUCAGUGAUAAUCUAUUCUGUUUACGGAGUGCCGCUCGGCGCGCGUUUUUCACUCUGUGUUCUUACCUCUCCUUACAUUUUUUGCGGUAGGAAGACGGAUUGCGAUCUCUCGAUCCGCUUAAAUGUGAUCGCGAGAGGGAGAGUUGCUCGUUGCGCCGUUUUCCAUCGUAUUGCUUGAUCGCGGACCGCUCAACAUGGAUGUAUCUGAUGGUAUCGACAAGUCAUGGGAUCAUCCAUGGACUACCGAGGAGAUGAGAAAGAAGAGAAGAGAGUGGAGUCUGGCAGGUGACGUUGGGCUUCUUAAACAUCUUCAGCAGUUUUCUGAAAAUUUGGUGUCCAAGACUAACAAGACUCAGGCUGCAAUGGACACGCUGACAACCCAGUUAAAAGAAACAGGAAUAUUAGUAGAUAAUGUUACCAACACAUCCCUGGCCCUGGCAAAUACUCAAUUUAUCGAGAGUCGUGUGCAAGAGGACGACUUGGAAAUUAAGGAGAGUUCUGAGGAGAAGCAAGAAAAUGCAAAAGCUCAGGACUCAACACCGGAAAAUCUUUUGGCCAGUAUAAGUGAGAGCAUUAAACAAGGUUUAAACAUAAUGGACGAAAAGUACAAAGUAAUGGAUGUGGCUUGCAGUGAUAGUGAAGAGGAAGACGAGGGUGAUGCAGUAGUGUUCAGUGUCAUUGUGGGACCUAAUGAUCCAUAUCAAGAUCGGCCGUUGCCGUACGUUAUCGGCUCCGAUAAAUGGAUAGCAUCAAAUAAAAUAGGUUUAGAAAGUAGUAGCAGCGAAUCUGAACAGGCUGACGAGGAGAGAGAAGAGUCCGAAAACGAGGAAGAUGCAGAUGCACAUAAGAUGUUCAACAGCCGACAUAAUCCGGAAAUAAAUAUAGCGAGGUUGUCAUCGUCAUCGUCUUCCAGCGAUUUGGAUAACUACAAUGAUCACAGCAAUAAUAUAUCUUAUGGAAUUAACAAGGAUAUUGUUUCUCAGAAUAACAUAAAUUCUGCUUCGGAGUCUGCUACACCUAAUAAUGUUUCAAAGACGUCGAAUGAAGUGACGCCCAAUUUUGCAGAAGAAUUAGCCAAACGAUUAGGCAAUGUUCGUCAAACACAGAAGCCUACUGCUGUGGAUGAAACCAGUGAAUCAUCGAUUAAUCGAUUUAAAGAUGAUUUAUUCGCGUCCGAGAAGGAUGAGGACGUAUUCAAUGGUUCUGACAAUUUAUUUAGUGAUAAGAAGGGUCUCUUCGACGAUCAGGUAUCUGCAAAUCUGUGGAAGGACAAGCCGAUCAAAUCAUAUAAUAGUAAUAUUAUACCAGCCAGUAUCGACAUACCGCCACCAAUUAGUAUAGUUUCAACAAAGCCAAAGUCAGCAAUUGAUGAUUUAUUCGCCGAUGCCGAUUCGGAAGAAGAUUCGGAUGACAUCUUUUCAUCGAAGAAUGUUAUCAAGAAACGCACGAAGGAACCUAGUGAAACGAGCGAAAACGUGCCCGCAAACGUGAAAGACGCACCGAAGAGAUUCCUAGACGUUAAAGGUACUGGUAAUAUCGCCACAAGCACACCGGAGUCCAACGUCAACACCACGAGUUUGUUCAGCGAUGAGGAAAACGAUGAUACGGAUUUAUUUGGCAACUCCAAGAAGCAAUCUCACAAAUCUAUGAGUACGCCAUCUACAAAUGCGACUCAGGAACCUAGUAAAAAGAAACCUGUCGGAGGUGAAUGGAUACUCGGCAACGUUUUGGCGUCGGACAUCGAGAGUAAAUUGUCGAGCCGUAUAAAACAAAGGCGACAAGAGUCAUCUGAAUCGUCUGAUAGCGAUGCGCCAGGAAAUUCUGAUAGUGCGACAAAAAGCAAUGUUGAGUCCAUUGCCACGAAUCAUAGUUCGCAGAAUCCCGCGGAGAAUAUGUCCGCGAUUAUCGGAAAUAACACCAACAGCAGCGGGAUAUCAAUGCAACAGCCCAGCAUCGAUAACACAGCUGGAUCCGGUUUAUGGAUGAAUUUUCAGCCAGAGAUGACCUCGACGAGGCUCAAGUCUGAGGACCUUUAUCGUGAGCGUGUUACCAGUGACAGUCUGUUCGCGGCACAGACGCGCCAUCCCGUCAACUCCAACAGCGAUAACCAGCAGCAGCGACAGCAGCAAGAACAGUUGGAUACCUCGUUGGCAUUGUUACAGGACAACGUAUUCGAGAACGAUGAUCUGUUUGGGCCACCGCCGUUGCCCAGUAAGUCUGAUUCGAAGCGAGCAAACAAAUCGAAGGUUUCGUCGCUCUUCGAUGACUCUGACUCCGGCGACGAGCUCUUUUCCGCCGCGAGUUCCGGCUCUAGAUCGCAGAAGAGUACGGAUUUUCAUGCUACAGCGUCGUCAAGCGACCGAACGAAGCCAGUUCCGAAAAGUGGGCUAUUCGAUGACGAUGUGGACAUAUUUAGCGACAAAGACGCCCCAGACGUCGACAUAUUCGGGGUAACAUCAAAAUCGGGCUCGAGGGACACAGUAUCAAAUGAUCUGGUCUCAAUAGCGCCGAAAAGUAACAAUGAUAACUCAGUAAACACGAGAAUGGAGCCAAAAAAGAUUAGUCUGUUUGACGACGAUGAUGAUGGCGACCUAUUUGGCGCAAAGCCAACAAAAACGAAGAAUGAACGUAAGACUGAUCUCUUUGAGGAUGAGAAUAAUGAUUUGUUUUUAUCUGCCAAGGCAUCUUCUAUAGAGAAAGAUGCAUCAGUUGAACCAAAGAUUGACGUUUUCAAGAACGUCUCUAGUCUUGAAACUGAAAAAGUGAAUAGAAAUGAUCCUCCUGACUAUUUGGACGGACUAUUUUCGAAAACCACAAGGCCUCGCAGCCUUCUAUUCGAGGAUGAUGAUUGCGAUGAUCUUUUCGGCAAGAAAGAAACAACACCGCGUGAAAACGAUCAAUCAAAUUCCAAAGAAGGCGCCCGAAGAGAUAUUGCAGAACAGGUCGAAAAACUUCCUGAGGAAAAUAAAAUCCCGGUGGAAUCAUCAAAUUUAAAACGUGACGCCAACAAGACAACCAUAGAGUCGAGCGUCGUUGCUGGAAACGACAUGCACGAGAAAAAAAGUGAAACUGAAAUUAAGGAAACGCCUUCCAAUGUUGAAGGAAACGGCACGGCAAAGAAGAGUUCUCCACCGAAAACAUUGAACAUUCGGACGAUCUCACCGCCAUCCGAGGAACAUAACAAUCAACAAGCACCUCGACGAUCAGUGUCCGGUAAGAUAAAGAAUCUUAUGGGGAAAAUGGGUGAUUUGAAGAUACUCUCACCAAUGGAUGCACCACCAUUGUGGAGGAAGAGUGAGGAUAAAACGGACGAGGACGAAGACGUUGUGGAUCGAGACAGCGGAGAUGCAGGCAUCAGCAGUCACGUUUCACCUCCAAGUGUAUCAGUUCUUUUUACAGAAGGUAGCACGCGGAAAGAAUCCUCCUACUCUACAAUUUCCACUGCUAGCAACGCGGAAGCGGCCAUAAAUUUUGAUGAUCUGGCUCAAGUAGAAACAUUAUCCACAACCGCAUCCAAGAGUCGAGUUAGGAUUCAAGCGAAACGCCGUCCUCAGAGCCGGCAUGCCCGGAAAUCCGCGUUGCGGCACAGCGGUAUCGACUUCGACACGGUCGACAAUGCAGACAACGAUAAUUCUCAGGAGGAGAGUCACACUAGCACCUGCUCAUCCAGUAAAGACCAAACUGUCGGUUCUGCGAUUAGCACUUCUGAUCGCUUGAUUGCCAACGAUAAUGCUCAGCGCUCGACGAUCGAGCCUUCUUCCAUAGAUGACAGAUCCGAGCUAGGUAGCAUCAGCAAAGAGAGCUCGAUGAGCGUAAACAAAAACACUCUUCUGUCGCCGUCUACUGACGAGGAGGAUUUGUUUGAUGUGCCACCAGAUCUGCCGGAAGAUCCGCAGAAGGAAGAUGCGUUAUUUGGCAGAGCACCGAUACUCUCGCCAAUCAACGAUAGACAAUCUGACAGAACACCAGUCGCAGUCGAAUCUUUAGUAGAUACCGCGAUCAGAAAGGUCGACAGCAUUGAUACUAAUAUAAACACGACAAACAGCGAAAAUGAUAAACAAGAUUCUAGCGAAUUGACGCGAUCUAAUAUCGAUACCAAGUCAGAGUUAAAGAGUACGUUGAAGAGUAUCGAAAAGGAAGAUGAUAAGUACAUGGAGGAAGAUAAUGAUCGAGAUCAAAUAAGAAGAGCGUCCAGCGAGAAGCCGAGUGAUCCUCUGCGCGACAGCACCUAUGAUCCACUGAAAGAUCCUAGUCAGUUGUUUGCUUUUGUCACGAAGACGCCAUCACCAGAUAAAAAUAAGGGAUUAUUAUUUUCUGAGCCAGACGAUAGUCUCUUUUCCAGUGAUUCGACGAAGAAAUCGAACGAGCCAAAGAAGGAGGAGAUUUUAGAUCUGUUUGCAGACGAUGACAUUGGUGAUGACUUAUUCUCCGUGACGCCAUCGAAAAAGACGGUGAAAAAACCAUUGCGGGAUACAAAGAUCGGUCUUUUUGGUGACGAUGAUGACGCGCAAAAUGGUGAAAAUAGUCUCUUCGGUAGCGUAUCCAGCAAAGUAAAGCUGGAAAAUCAGCCAUCAAAUCCUGCUUUACCCGGGCGAAAAAAGAACAAUAUUUUCGAUGACGACGAUGACGACGAAGAUUCCAGUUUGUUCGUUGAGUCGUCCGGUCACUCGCAGAAGUCGGAUAGCGCAUCGUUCUCGGAACCUAAGCAAGAUUCUCAAGUCGAGCCUCAAGGCAAGAGCUCGAACUUGAAGGAUAUCUUUGGUAAUGCCUGUAACAAUGAUGAUGACGAUGUCGACCUUUUCGCUACAAAAAAGAAAAUUGUUCCUAAGAAGGUAGUUGCGUCGUCGAAGUCUUUGUUUGCGUCAGACGAUGAUGACGACGAUGACAGUCAUAUCUUUGGCAAGCAGCCAUCUGUGUCGACGGAAUCGAAGGCAAGGUCGACGACGAUCGCACCAAGUUCAAGAUCAGCCGUGAAGAAACCGGUAACCAGAGAUCUGAAAAAAACGGCUGAAAAGAUUAUUGAGGAUCCACUGAGUCUCCUUCAAGAUGACUAAUUCUCAUUUUCCGUGAAAUUAAUAUCCACAUGAUUUUCUUAGCCACACUUUAGUCACACAACGCUUAGCCACAAAAGUUUAGAUAAGCGUGUAGAUAAGUGAACAAGAUACCGAAUGAAGUACAAAAAUCAAAUAAGUAACUUUUUUGUUCUGCCAUUUCUUUAAAAACUGUUCCAGGACUGCGUGUAUGUGCGUGCGCGCGUGUGUAAUUAAUAGUUAUUACAUUAUGUAACAAGGAUGUAAAGUCGGCCUUUCAUGCGAGGACGCACAAGUCGAAGGCGAUUGCGUUCACUUGCACGAGUGAAAAAGGCCAUUACGCCUGUGUUGCAGAUUUUUUAUUAUCUGUACGUCGAUGUGUGGUUUCUUGCAAAUUGACAGAUUAGUCAAGGUUAGAUGAAAGCGAUGAAGCAUCGGUAAAUAUCGGUAAUUUUGCAAGAGUUAUCAUGUGCGUGUCGCGAGAUGAUGUGUCUGCAAGUGAAGCGUACCGAAAAAGUCGUCCUGGAAAUUUUUUUAUC